CCAACGGACACUGAUCAUAUUUUUAUUGCACCCUUGCAUUUUACCCUGUGCAGCAAUUUGCUUAUUGAAAGGCAAUGGAGUGGACGGAUCCCAUUUCCAUAUUUUUACUUUUUGUCCUGACUCUUCUGUUUAUUAUGAAAACUGAAAAAUUCUGGAAUAGCAACUUCCAAGAGGAUUUCCCCCCGGGACCAAAGCCUUUACCCAUCAUUGGAAAUCUGCAUAUAAUGGACCUGAAGAGGCCCUACCGAACUAUGCUGGAGCUGUCCAAAAAAUAUGGCCCAGUCUUCAGCAUUCAGAUGGGAUGCCAGAAAAUGGUGGUGCUCUCGGGAUACGAGACAGUGAAGGAGGCUCUUGUGAACCAGGCAGAUGCAUUUGCAGAGAGACCUAAAGUCCCAGUAUUUGAAGAGCUUUCAAAAGGAUAUGGUGUUAUUUUUUCUCAUGGCAAUAACUGGAAAGUGAUGCGAAGAUUUACCCUCACGACCUUACGAGACUUUGGAAUGGGCAAGAGGGCCAUAGAGGACCGGAUUGUUGAAGAGUACGGAUUUCUGAUGAAGGAUAUUGAAUCUCGUAAAG